AUGUCUGACAACACAGUCUACAGAGCGAGUACCACUGCUCCAGUGAACAUCGCGGUGAUCAAAUACUGGGGCAAGCGAGAUGCAGCUCUCAACCUGCCGACAAACUCAUCACUGUCCGUCACUCUGUCUCAGAAGAGCUUGAAGACCCAUACCACGGCCUCAUGCUCGGCCUCUUAUACCGGAGCAGACUCUCUACUACUGAACGAUGAGCCCGAAGAUAUACAGUCAAACAAACGCACACAGGCAUGUCUACAGCUUCUCAAGAGAUUCAGACAUGAUAUCGAGGUCAAAAAUCCUUCGGCGCCAAAGCUGUCUACCAUGCCACUAAAACUCGUCUCUAUAAACAACUUUCCCACUGCUGCGGGUCUGGCCUCUUCAGCUGCUGGAUUUGCAGCACUCGUUAGGGCUAUCGCCAAUCUAUACGAGCUACCUCACACCCCUACACAACUAAGUUUGGUCGCUAGGCAAGGCUCAGGAAGUGCUUGCAGGAGCUUAAUGGGUGGCUAUGUGGCAUGGCGAGCCGGAACUGCAAGAGAUGGCUCGGACAGUAUCGCUGAAGAAAUUGCUCCGGUUUCACAUUGGCCAAACUUGAAGGCGCUGAUUCUGGUUGUGAGUGCCGACAAGAAGGGUGUUGCAUCUACUGCUGGAAUGCAGACCACAGUAGAGACCAGCACCUUGUUCAAAACUAGAGCUGAAUCGAUCGUUCCGCAACGCAUGGAGGAAAUGGAAGCAGCCAUACAUGCUAAAGACUUCGCCAAGUUUGCUGAGAUCACGAUGAGGGAUAGCAACAGCUUCCAUGCUACUUGUCUCGACUCGUGGCCACCCAUUCAUUAUCUGAACGACGUGUCAAGAGCCGCAAUGAAUGCGGUAGAGACCUGCAACAGGAAGGCUGGUAAGUUGAUUGCAGCAUAUACUUUCGAUGCCGGGCCAAACGCUGUGAUCUACUACGAAGAGGAAAAUGAAAAGUUGGUCGCUGGCGUGUUUAGGUAUGUAUUGCAACAGGUAAAAGGUUGGGAGGGCGAGUACGGUGCCCAGAUUCCAUCCAAUGAACAAGGUGGUUUGGAGGCCAAGACCGUAAUGACUUUGAAGGCUGGUGUUAGUCGAGUCAUUUGCACAGGCGUUGGUGAUGGCCCAGAGCGAGUCGAGGAGCACCUAGUCGACGACCGGGGCAAGCCAGUCAGAAUCUGA